UCCAGCUGCUCAUGCUCCUUGGCACCACUGAUGGUCAGUCAAAGCUGACCUCCGAGCAGAAUGCCAUCAGCCUCUCCCCUGGCAAGUACCGCCACUUUGACCAUGCCACCAACAAAGAGCUGAUCUGCGACAAAUGUCCUGCAGGAACCUACGUGUCUAAACAUUGUACGAAGAGUACCUUAAGAGAGUGCAGCCCUUGUCCAGAUGGAACUUUUACCAAGCAUGAGAACGGCAUAGAGCGGUGCCACCCCUGUAGAAAACCUUGUGAACUGCCAAUGAUUGAGAAAAUUCAUUGUACUGCCUUGACUGACCGCGAGUGCACUUGCCUGUCUGGUACGUUUCAGACGAACGAUACCUGCGUCCCUUACACGGUGUGCCCGGUCGGCUGGGGCGUCCGCAAGAAAGGAACCGAGACGGAAGACGUUAGGUGCAAGCCGUGCCCUCGUGGUACCUUUUCUGAUGUGCCUUCUAGUGUGAUGAAGUGCAAAACAUACACUGACUGCUUUGGGAAAAACAUGGUGGUCAUCAAGCCAGGGACGAAGGAGAGUGACAAUGUCUGUGGUUCUCCAGCGUCUCUUCCGAACACGUCUUUGACUUCGUCAAGCACUGAAGCAGGUGAAGAGCCCUAUGAAGUUCCACCAACCGCUCCUCUUCCCAAAGGUCUGAACUCUUCAGUUCCUGACUUUGUCCCCUCUCCAGUGCCACGAGCGUCCAGCAGCAUGGUGGAGCCGGCAGACUACUACAAUGAAACCUCUGCCAACGAGACGGUUGGUGCCGGUGGGACCCUCACAGGCUCCAGCACAACCAGCCAGGCACAGAGCUACCGGCACAAGCAGACCAGCCAAGCGCUGGAGAAGCAGCCAUCACUGGAGAUGGUGGGGGGUGAGAAGUCCAGUGUCCCAUACAGGCCCCCCCGGCGAGGUCCACAGAACGUCCACCAGCACUUCGACAUCAAUGAACACUUGCCGUGGAUGAUUGUCCUCUUCCUGCUGCUGGUCCUGGUGGUUAUUGUCGUCUGCAGCGUCAGGAAGAGCUCACGGACUCUGAAGAAGGGACCCAGGCAAGAUCCCAGUGCCAUUGUGGAAAAAGCUAUUAUGAAAAAGUCCACCACCCCCACGCAGAACAGGGAGAAGUGGAUCUAUUACUGCAACGGGCAUGGCAUCGAUAUCCUGAAGCUGGUGGCAGCCCAGGUGGGGAGCCAGUGGAAGGACAUCUACCAGUUCCUGUGCAACGCCAGCGAGCGCGAGGUGGCGGCUUUCUCCAACGGCUACGCGGCCGACCACGAGCGCGCCUACGCCGCCUUGCAGCACUGGACCAUCCGCGGGCCCGAGGCCAGCCUGGCCCAGCUCAUCAGUGCCCUCCGCCAGCACCGCCGCAAUGACGUGGUGGAGAAGAUUCGAGGUCUGAUGGAGGACACCACGCCGGUGCAAAUGCAGCCUCAGUGGCAAGCGCAGGACCCCUGCAACGAUGACGGGAAGCUGGAAGUUGACAGACUGGCGCUGCCGGCGAGCCCCAGCCCACUCAGCCCUGCACCCAGCCCCAGCCCCAAGCCCCCCGAGGCGGCCGUCCUCACCGUGGAGCCCUCUCCUUCAGAGAAGAAAUGCUUCUUCGUCGACGAAGCAGAGCCCCUCCUGCGGUGCGACUCGACCUCCAGCGGCUCCUCCGCGCUCAGCCGGACAGGCUCUUUUAUUACCAAAGAAAAGAAGGACACCGUCCUGCGCCAGGUGCGCUUGGACCCCUGCGACCUGCAGCCCAUCUUUGACGACAUGCUGCACAUCCUCAACCCCGAGGAGCUCCAUGUGAUAGAGGAGAUCCCACAAGCCGAAGACAAGCUGGACAGGCUAUUUGAGAUCGCCGGAGUCAAGAGCCAGGAAGCCAGCCAGACCCUCCUGGACUCUGUCUAUAGCCACCUUCCUGACUUACUGUAGGCACUGGCUCACCACGCACUCUCUGAAUAUCUGCUAGAGCUAGCUUGGCACUCGUUAAGACGACUGACAAUACGCAGGCAGGUUUUGUUGUAGAAUAUAUGGCCAGUAUUUUCGUUGAGGUGUCCUUGGUUUCUGGAGGGGGGGCAGUUUGCCAGUGUUGCACCCCUCCACCUUAACUGUCGCUCAGUCCAAGUCUUUGCACCCUCUGCCCCCUUCCCGAGCAUCUCUUGUCCUUGUUCUCAUUCCAAUCAGAUCGGUCGAUGCACUUUAAAAAAAAAAAAAAAAAA